GGAACUGGCUGUCAGGGAGAAAAGGCAGCUAACCAUGGCUGUGCGCAUCAUUCGUGGAAUGGAAGACCUGGUGGCUUCGGGCAGCCAGAUCGUCUGGAGCCUGGCACAUCAGACCUUGAGGAGGUGGUACAAUCGUGGGCUGAUGCCAUGCAGACGCUUCCUAGAAGCCUGGUUCAGGAUUGGAAAAUGCUACCAGAUGACCGAGGGCCGUCUGUGCCAGGUUCACCUCCUGGAUGGCAGGAAGCUGGAGCUGCUGGUUCAGCCUAAGCUGUUGUCCCGUGAGCUGUUAGAUCUGGUGGCCUCACAUUUUAACCUGAAGGAGAAAGAAUACUUUGGAUUGUCCUUCAUAGAUGACACUGGCCAGAAUAACUGGCUCCAGCUGGAUCGUAAAGUCCUUGAUCAUGACUUCUCCAAGACUUCAGGGCCUUUGGAGCUCAAGUUCCUUGUGAGGUUUUAUAUUGAGAAGAUCACCUUCCUGAAAGACAACACAACAGUGGAGCUGUUCUUCCUGAACGCUAAAUCUUUAGUGUUUAAUGAGACCAUCGAAGUGGAGAGUGGAAAUGUUUUCAAAUUAGCCGCAUUCGCAUUGCAGGAGGCCAAAGGAGAUUACGCCAGUGCUGAGACUGCCAGAUCGGACCUGAAGCAGCUCCCAGUUCUGCCCACCAAAGUAUUAAGGGAGCACCCAUCUCUCAAUUACUGUGAGGACAAAGUGAUUGAACAUUACAAGAAACUGAAGGGGCUGACCAGAGGACAAGCCAUUGUGCAGUAUCUGGCCCUGGUGGAGUCCCUGCCGACAUAUGGAGUCCAUUAUUACCCAGUGAAGGACAAGCAAGAAAUACCGUGGUGGCUGGGAGUCAGCUACAAAGGCAUUGGCCAGUACGAUUUGCAAGAUAAACUGAAACCAAGAAAGUUGUUUCAGUGGAAGCAGUUGGAGAAUUUGUAUUUCCGCGAAAAGAAAUUUGCUGUGGAAGUGAACGACCCACACAGAAGAACAGUGACCAAGCGAACCUUCGGACAGACUGGUCUGGUCAUUCACACGUGGUAUGCCAGCCACUCUCUGAUUAAAACCAUCUGGGUGAUGGCCAUCAGUCAGCACCAGUUCUACCUGGACAGGAAGCAAAGCAAAUCAAAGAUGACCACGACCAGGAGUUCAGGAGACAUCGCCAUGGACCUCACAGAGAUCUGCGCCCCGCGGAUCAGUAAACUUUCCAGCAUUGAAAGCAAAGACCAGCUCAUCAUGGCCAGCAAUGGCAGCCUCAUCUCAGCCGGUUCUGCUGACUCUGAAGUCAGCGAGGAACAGAAGAAAGAGAAGGUUGCCGAGUUGAAAAAGAAAGAAAAGGAGCUUCAAGACACACUGACACAGAAACUUGAAGAACUGAAGACGAUCUGCAUGAGGGAAGCUGAGCUUACAGGCCGUUUGCCUAAAGACUAUCCCUUAGCCACAGGUGAGAAGGCUCCUCAUGUACGACGGCGUGUUGGGACAGCCUUCAAGCUGGAUGACCUUUUCCCCUAUGAUGAGGACCCACAUCUGAGGAAUCUUGAGAGCAGGUUCGCCUUGCAGCAGAAGAUUGUGGAAGCAGCCAUCAAGUUAUCCAACGAGGAUGACCUCGCCAAGACAGUGAAGAAGAAAAGGAGAAACAACUGUCUGGAUGCAAUGAGGAAGCUGGAAGAGAUCGAGAAAGAGAUCAACGCCUACAGGAUCAAGAAAGGAAAGAAACCCACCCAGAGAGCCUCACUGAUCUUAGCAGAUGAUGUCAACCCUUCAGACCUAAGCUCUCUAUCUGACAGCCUCACUCUAGAUGAUGAUGACGAGCUCAUUUCCCAGAGGCAGAGGUCCAGAUCGGUUCAGUAUUCCCCAAGACCGCACCACGCAGAAACUCUGGACAUUCACUACAGCAAAGACAGACGGGCUUCUGCCAAUGACCCGCAAGCAGACAGCAGAUCAAAUUACGGCCAAGUCCAGGAAUCACUCCACUACAGUCACCGUGAUGCCUUAUCAAGCCACAGCAGCCCAUUUAAACCGGCUUCCAGACAGCCACGUGAUGCCCGCAGCAUGCCCCCCACCCCCCUCCUCACCCGCAAUGCCUACAGCAGCACCCAGCUCAGAUCAGAGGACGCUCCACAACAUUUCCGCCAGCGUAGCGGUAGUCUGGAGUCCCAGUCCCAGUUCGUGACAGAGACCGAACCUCCUGUGCCAACGUUCACCUUCUCCCCAGCCCGACGCAGCAACAGCACUGAGGUCCUCGAUGACGGCUCCUCCUACACAAGCCAAUCCAGUGUGGAGUACAGCGUUCCCGGUAACCACACCCACAGACGCAGAGCUCGCGGUCGCCACAGAAAAGACAUGUACGCCAACACGGGCAGCAUGCCCAACCUGGCUCAACCAGACACCCGCUCCUACGCCUACCAGCCUCGACCCCGACCCACCACAACGGCUUACUACGUCGCAGGCUAUCCCAGCCAUGCAGAACCAGAGCCGUACUCUAAUGGAGUCUACAUGUAUGACAAUGAGAUGGAGGGACACUAUAACGUCAACCCUUCCUACCACCCAACCCCAACAGCUUAUCACAGCCACGACACGCACAGUCACUAUGGUAACGACGAGAUAGACGGCAUGUCACAGAACCCGUACGCCACACUGCGGCCACCAAGGAACCGCCCCGUGCCCCGCAGCAACGAGCACGUCACCAAGAACAUCCAGAAGGCUUUGGUGGCGGAACACCUGAGAGGCUGGUACCAUCGCAACGCUGCGCACAAACAGCCUGCGUACAACUACGACUAUGACAGAGGCUCCCAGCAGAGCCUGGGCUAUCAGACCAUGCCUGCACCUUACAGCCACAACAACAGAAACACCUCCUACUCCUCAGUGUCCUUAGUGUCCUCAAGUGGAAACUGGCACAGCCAUAUGAGUGGUGGUGGUAUGCUGGAAUAUGACAUGCCCGUGCAUGCGCCGCAGUCCUACUCUUACAGUACAGCCCCCUACAGCCACUCCGCCCACAACAGGCACAGAUGUCCCACAGAGUUUGAGUGGCGGAGCUGUGAUAGGAUGGCGUGCCCUGCGGGGCCUUUAGAGAGGUGUGGGGCUGUUGCCUAUGCGUCUGACCAGGAAAAUUUACCCCUUCCCCCCAAUUAUCAGAGUCACAGCACAGAAGAAAGGAUCCUUUAUAGAUGUCAGCCAAAUGGACCCACACAUCAGUAAUCAAAUGAACACUAACCUGGAGCCAGAAGACCAGAUUUACUGGCACGAAGACUCGAAACCAGGAACAAUAGUGUAGUUGCCCAUCUGCUGUAUUCAUUUUUCACCUUGACAAGUUGUCACUGUGCCUUAAACUGCACUUACCUGUUUGUGUCCAUGGGAUCCAAAGAAUGAAGGAACUUAACUUCUGUGGAAUUCAGCUUGUAAAGAAAAUGAAGUCUUCUCAUUUUUUCUUCUCUUGAAUGCCAAACUGUUUUUAAAUUAUAACAAAAAAAAAAACACAAGAGCAUGUCUGGAUUGCGAGUGUUUGUGGUGAUGGCACUUGGUGAUGCACUGAAACUAUACCAGGACCUGCUGUGGACUAUGUGGUAUAGCCCAAGGGAAUGUGGACUAAAUCUCUUCAGUGUUUCUCCGUAGAGAUAGCGACUUCACAAACCAAGGACUAGGAGCGUCUCUUUAAGAGGAUACUUAGCCGCAGUGAACAACGAGAAUGACUCAUCCUGUUGUGCCACUUACACACAUGUAUGAGCACUGGAACCAUGAAGGACUGGACAGGGGGAUUGAUAAGGACGUUAUCAAAAUGAAGGAUUGAACUCAUUAAAAAUGAGUCAAAAAAGAUGGCUUCUUCCUGGAACAUUCUGCAGUCACCAGAUCAAAUGUUGUCUAAGCAUUGCUUGUAGCUACUACAGUGCUUCCUGUACUCUUGUUUGUCAUUUACAAAGUAUCAGAUCUUUCUCACUGUCAGUACUUGCUAAUACAAUUGAGCCAAAUGCAUCUGUCACACCAUUUGAGUAUUACCCAAAGUCACCAACUUUGAUAUCACUGCCACAUGUGAAAAGUCACUGCAGGAAGACAGAAUAUCCAGUUUUGUUGUUGUUGUUUUUUUAUUUUUAUUUUAACAUGGUUAUUUCAUCCAUGCUGGAAAUCAUGGACUGGUGCUCACAAUUUCUCUUAAGAGAAUGAAGCUGUAUGUAAAUGUUGGUAUUGUAAAUACACUGGUUCCGUCUUUUUUUUUUAAGAGCAUUUUUAUGUAUUUGAAAAGCAUGUAAUAUAUAGUAAACAAUUGUUGUUAAGUUGUUAAGCUGGUUCUUAGUAAUUUGUAUAAUUGCAUUUGUUUGAAUUAAAAAAAAUCAGCAUUUGAAUCA